GACGAUGGUGGAGGGGGAGUGAACAUGGCGGCGCUCUGUGAGGAGGGCAGGUACCGACUGAGUUGUGGCCGAAAUGGGAGCACAACCACUGUGAUGCACGUGAAAUUGACAGAGACAGUUUACAGAGCGUUAAAAAAUUACCAAAACUGUAAGAAUGCAGUGUCAUCUCGACCGACGAUCCAGUUCAAGGGACAACAAGGGAGCAUAAAGAUUCCAAGGACCGAUGACCCCUUCGAUGCGGCCAGCUUCGACUUCUUCGUGUCCAGUGUUGGGAAGGAUGGUCCUCAGGGAAGCUUCGAGUGCAUCCGCCAGUAUGUGUCCAGCCACGGAGUGCCGCACUUGGCCUGCCUGGGCACAGUGCAGGACAAGAUCACGGUGUCCCCCUCCGGCUGCCAGGCGCCCCGGGACAGUGCCGCGCAGCAGGCCACCGCCCCCCACGAGCGCGCGCCGAUGGGCGCGGACGCCGACGGGCGCAGGCGGGACGCCAAAGUCAGCAAGCCGGACGGCCCCAAUGGAGGUAAGAAAGUCCCGUUCCGCAAGCCGGCCCCAUCGUCGCUGCCUUCCGACCUUGUUCCGGAGCGGAAGCGCUCCACCCCCAUCAACCCGGCCACGAUCCUCCGGAAGGGUCCCCCCAGCGCCCCCGUGUCCCAGUCCCGGUACCGGGACCGCGUCAUCCACCUGCUGGCGCUCCGGCCCUGCAAGAAACUGGCGGUCCUGGCCCGUCUCCAGCGGGAAAACAUCAACCCGAAAGAUUUGGGAAGCACUCUUCAGCAGGUGGCUAAUCUGAACCCAAAGGAUAACUCCUAUUCCCUGAAGGAUCAUCUUUACCGGGAGGUGAAGAAGGACUGGCCUGGGUAUUCCGAGGAGGAACGGCUACAGCUGGAGCAGGUUUUGGCUAGUAAAUUUGGUCUUCAGUGUGAAUCUCCUCCCACCAGCAGUCCAAAAGAACCCGUUCCAGCGUCCCAACAGAGGAGGUGUCAGGACUCUGACUUCAUCGAUCCCCUGAUGCCCAAGAAGCCGCGCAUCUCUCACAUCAACAACCGAGCGCCCACCACCCCGACCCCAAGCGACAGCCACGCCCACUCUCAGGAGGGCAAGCGGCCGGCGCCCGUCCACCUCCCCGUGUCCAACCCCCCGCUGCCGCUCAGCUCCAGGUCCCCGAGCACGCCGGAGGGCUGCGGCACCCAGGCCCUGCCCGUGGACGGCUUUGGCUACAACCAGAGCUCCUGCGUGGACCAAUUGCGGAGCUCCCCGCCCUUUCCCGCCUCCCGCCCCGCCCCCGCUGCCCCCGCCCCCGCAGACGCCACACGAGAGCCUGGCAGCGUGAGCAAAAAGCCCAAGAAGAGGUCCAAGAAGCGCAGGGAGAGCGAGGAGCGCCACCCCCCCCCCAAAGCCAAGGUCGCCAAACCCGACCGAGAAGAAAGUAAAGAGGGGCCCGUUGGCUCCACAGAGGAGUCCUCCACAGUGAUUCCUGAUUAUGUACACAAAUACACAGCCGUGGUGUCCAUGGCCCAGCGGCAGAGCUACAAGGAGGACUUCAACGCGGAGUACAGCGAGUACUGCGGCCUGCAUGCCCGCGUGGAGAGCAUCACCCGCCGCUUCGCCCAGCUGGAUGCCCAGUGCAAGCGGCUGCAGCCCGGCACCAAGGAGCACCGGGAGGUGCAGGCUGAAGUGCUGCAGGAGUACAAUAAACUGAAACACGUCAGCCCCAGCUACCGGGAGAUGAAGCACCGCUACGAGUACCUGCACAACAAGCUGGCCCACAUCAAGAGCCUGAUCACCGAUUUUGACCAAUGGCGGACCCGCUCCUGGGACUACAGCUCGGACAGACGGAAAGACAGCCGCGCCAUAUCCAGCACAUGACCUACCCCGUGUCCCCUUCACCAAGGGGAGGGCGAAAAAAAAGCCACCCUUCAGACCCUCCCCCUUCUCUCCCUGCCCCGCACCCCGUCGCCUCCGCUCCGCACGCUUUUCGGGUGCAGCGUUCUCUUCUUCUUCUCUUC